GACAUUCCGUGCCUUACACAAGACCGAGCAGAGGCUCGCAUCAUAACAAGCAUGUGCUGCCGACCGACGAACACACAGUAGGACUUUGUUUCACUACACUUUCUGGAAGUGGACGUGUGACUGUCUUGAAUCCCCUGACCCGCCAUUGUUAACCUCACCCGACGACGACCCUCCGGUUUGCACUUGUUUGAAGAAGCUGCCGACAAACACACAAGACACCUGCUGUCAGUCAGGACAAUGAGGCUCCCCACGCUGCUGCCCUCCUCUUUGCUAAUAACCUGCACUCUGGCGUUAAUGUUGCCGCUGUUUGUGCCCUGUCGACCCGCACCGACCUCAGAGCACCUGGUGUUCGUGGAGCAGUUCAGCCGCCCGGGGGUCGGAUUUAACUGGAGGAAUGUCACAUGCCCCGUGUGCAAAGCUGUCUUCACCAUCCUUGAUAUCGCCCUUCUGAGUGACGCUAAUGAAGAGCGAGUGGCCCGUGCUGUAGGUGAGGCUUGUAUCCGUCUCCAUCUCGCUGAUGAGCACGUGUGUCGACAAAUAACAGAGCUGUUCAGGGAUGACUUCAUCCGGGCUCUGCAACAGUCCUUGCUGUGGCCCACUGAAGCGUGCGCCCUGCUGGUGGGUGCUUCCUGCGGCAAAUUUGACAUGUACGCCUCCUGGAAUCUCACCUUGCCCAAGGUCCCUAAGCCCCCUGUUACUCCACCCUCUCCUCCCAAACCUGGAUCUCCACAGAGCAGAGUCCUGUUUCUAACUGACAUCCACUGGGACAAGGAGUAUGUAGCCGGAAGCACGGCAGACUGCAAGGACCCUCUGUGUUGUCGUAAAGACUCAGAGACUCCCAGCUGGAGGCGGCGGGAGGCUGGGUACUGGGGAACCUACAGUAAGUGUGACCUGCCUCUACGGACGGUGCAGAACCUCCUGGAAAAUGCUGCCAGAGACGGACCCUGGGACUGGGUCUACUGGACCGGAGACAUACCAGCACACAAUGUUUGGGCUCAGACCAGGAAACAGCAGCUGUCAGAGCUUACAGUCAUCUCCAAGCUCAUCCACAAACACCUGGGACCUAACGUGACAGUUUACCCUGCUGUGGGGAACCACGAGAGUACGCCAGCGAACAGCUUCCCACCGCCCUUCGUUCAUGGCAACAGAUCCUGCGCCUGGCUCUACGAUACAAUGGCAAAGGAAUGGGCACCAUGGUUACCAGAGCAGGCUUUGAAGACUUUGAGAUAUGGAGGAUUCUACACGGUGGAGAUUCAGCCCGGUCUGAGGGUGGUCUCUCUCAACAUGAACUUUUGUGCUCGAGAAAACUUCUGGCUGAUGGUGAACUCCACAGAUCCUGCUAACCAGCUGCAGUGGCUGGUCCACAUUCUCCAGGAAAGUGAGAACAAGGGAGAGAAGGUACAUAUCAUUGGUCACAUCCCACCUGGCCUGUGUCUUGGCAGCUGGAGCUGGAACUACUAUCACAUUGUGAAUAGAUAUGAAAGUACAGUUACUGGACAGUUUUUUGGCCAUACACACAUGGAUGAGUUCCAAAUGUUUUAUGACGAGUCGACAAUGAGCCGCCCAUUAGGAGUGGCAUUCAUUGCUCCCAGUGUCACUACCUACAUUAAUCUAAACCCCGGUUUCCGCGUCUACUAUGUGGAUGGAAAUUACCAAGGCAGCUCUCGGCUGGUGCUUGACCAUGAAACGUACAUCCUCAACCUCACAACGGUAAACCACAGUCCAGGAGCGCCAAGUAACCCGGUACAGAAUCCCAAAUGGACACUGCUGUACCGUGCCACUGAGGCGUAUGGAGUGACCAGUCUGUUCCCUUCUGACUACGACGGGCUGCUGCAGACCUUUAUCAAGGAUGACCGAGUCUUCCAGAAGUUCUGGUACUUGAGACAUAAAGGACACGUGUCGGAGACCUGCACGGAGACGUGCAAAACUUCCUUGCUCUGCUUUCUACGGAGCGGGCGUUACGAUGAGCUGGAGCAGUGCGACCUCUUCAAUGGUUUUCAUGGAAACAUGGCCCGGGCUGCCAGAAAAACCCUCUGUUGACCUCUUUUUUUAGAAGUUUGGACUGAAUGUCUGGGUGAGGGAAGUGGUAAAUGUGAAAUUGAGCUGAAAAAUGUAUUAUUGCUGAGUGCUCAACAAGCAUUGUUGUAUUUGUUUGAUUACAAAGUCACUUGAGUUAUUACUCAUUACUCUGACAGUUGAUGCGGAGUUUGUGAACCUGACAUGUCUAAAGAAUUCUCACUCAUGUCAUCUGACUCAUCAGUAAUGGUUUUACAAAGACCGUAACUGAUGGUGAUUGUAACCGGCCUUUUGUUUGUCAACUGCCAUUUUGCAAUGCCUAUUUCGUAAAGCCUGCUUGAAAUUGUCCUGAAAUGUGUUCCCUUUACUUGAAAUGCAGGGUUUGGUCAAUUUUGUCAUGAUGCUAUUAUACUGGGUGCCUUUUUAUCAUGAGAGAAAAAUGUUGACUAUCCUUAACAAUCUUGCAACUUUAAAAUGCUGUUCUGAUAGCAUAGCUUGCACCUAAUGUUAAAGUCCUUGAAGAUUAUCAGAAUGAGCUUCAUAACAACCAAAGACCAAAGUCAGUCAGGAAUUAGAAUUUAUUCUAAUGCCUUCUUGUAAAUUGUGAAACAUGGCAAUAAGUGUAUCAUAAUUAAAAUCAGUCCUUUUGGCCUGUCCCACAAUGCUAACAUUUGCUGGACUUGGAAGGUUCUAAACAAAUCAGGACAUGUUGGGUCUCAGCCAUCACUUCUCAGGUUUGAGCUUUACAGAGUUACUACGCCGCACACAGUAUCUUCACCCAAUCAUUUUUGACUUCCUUCAUCAGCACUUUGAGGAUUUAGGUCAGUAUUUACCUUAAGUCUUCCAACCUAAAUAGGUAUUUCUCAGAGGUUUACUCCUGUCUGCACUUUAAUUACUUGUUGGCUAGAUACAAAUAAUGCAACUUGUAUAAAAUAAAAGAUGUAAUCUGAUA